UUGCCAUGCUUGGGAGCGGGGCCGAAUGGAGAGGGUUUAAUUGGUCCCAGUGUCCCCUGCAUCUCUCCGUUGAACCCCUGAGGAGAUAGAGACCCUGAGAGGGGCGGCGACUUGCCGGCGUCUCCCAGCUUGGCCGGAGGAGCGCUGGAACUGCACCGUCGUCUGCGUGGUCUAACAUGCUCCCGCUCAUUGUGGAGUUUCCGCCGGAGUCUGGGGUGAAUUGGUCCCAGGCAGGCUACGUAGCGCUCCAGCAGUUUUCCAUAGUCCCGCAGAAUUGAGGCUCUUGCUGGCAUCCACCAGUGCUUUGAGUGUGGUAAAAGAGCAUCAUGGCAGAGCAGGUGGCCCUGAGCCGGACCCAGGUGUGCGGGAUCCUGCGGGAAGAGCUGUACCAGGGCAAUGCCUUCCAUCGAUCUGACACACAUAUCUUCAUCAUCAUGGGUGCAUCGGGCGACCUGGCCAAGAAGAAGAUCUACCCCACCAUCUGGUGGCUGUUCCGCGACGGUCUUCUGCCCGAAGACACCUUCAUCGUGGGCUACGCCCGCUCCCGUCUCACAGUGGCCGACAUCCGCAAGCAGAGCGAGCCCUUCUUCAAAGCCACACCGGAGGAGAAGGCCAAGCUGGAGGAGUUCUUCGCCCGCAACUCGUAUGUGGCUGGCCAGUACGACGACGUGGCGUCCUACAGGCGCCUCAACAGCCACGUGAAUGGCCUUCACCAGGGGCCGCAGACCAACCGCCUCUUUUACCUGGCCUUGCCGCCCACGGUCUAUGAGGCGGUCACCAAGCACAUCCAUGAGACCUGCAUGAGCCAGACAGGCUGGAACCGUGUCAUUGUGGAGAAGCCCUUCGGGAGGGACCUGCAGAGCUCUGACCGGCUAUCCAACCACAUCUCGUCCUUAUUCCGUGAGGACCAGAUCUACCGCAUCGACCACUACCUGGGCAAGGAGAUGGUGCAGAACCUGAUGGUGCUGAGAUUCGCCAACAGGAUCUUUGGUCCCAUCUGGAACCGGGACAACAUCGCCUGUGUCAUCCUCACUUUCAAGGAGCCCUUUGGCACCGAGGGCCGUGGAGGCUACUUCGAUGAAUUUGGGAUCAUCCGGGACGUGAUGCAGAACCACCUCCUGCAGAUGCUGUGUCUAGUGGCCAUGGAGAAGCCCGCCUCCACUGACUCGGACGAUGUCCGCGACGAGAAGGUCAAGGUGUUAAAGUGCAUCUCCGAGGUGCAGUCAGAGAACGUGGUCCUGGGCCAGUACGUGGGCAACCCCAGCGGAGAGGGCGAGGCCACCAAAGGGUACCUGGAUGACCCCACGGUGCCCCGCGGCUCCACUACUGCCACCUUUGCGGCCGUUGUCCUCUACGUGGAGAACGAGAGGUGGGAAGGGGUGCCCUUCGUCCUGCGCUGCGGCAAAGCCUUGAACGAGCGCAAGGCCGAGGUGCGUCUGCAGUUCCGCGACGUGUCCGGAGACAUCUUCCAGCAGCAGUGCAAGCGCAACGAGCUCGUGAUCCGCGUGCAGCCCAACGAGGCCGUGUACACCAAGAUGAUGACCAAGAAGCCUGGCAUGUUCUUCAACCCUGAGGAGUCCGAGCUGGACCUGACCUACGGCAACAGAUACAAGAACGUGAAGCUCCCCGACGCCUAUGAGCGCCUUAUCCUGGACGUCUUCUGUGGGAACCAGAUGCACUUCGUGCGCAGUGACGAGCUCCGGGAGGCCUGGCGGAUCUUCACGCCGCUGCUGCACGAGAUCGAGCGCGAAAAGCCCCAGCCCAUCCCCUACGUUUAUGGCAGCCGAGGCCCCGCGGAGGCAGACGAGCUGAUGAAGAGAGUGGGCUUCCAGUACGAGGGCACCUACAAGUGGGUGAACCCCCACAAGCUCUGAGCCCCAGGUCCCUGCCCCACCCACCGCGGCCCUGUCUGUCCUGUUCCACCCGCUCGCCCGCCACCCCGAGCCCACGUCGGGAGGGCUUCAGGACCAUAAGUCUCACAUUCCUGGCCCCUGGCCACCCUGCCCGCUCUGUGCCGCCUGCCACCCUGGGCCUAGCUACAUUCCGCAAGCACCACGCACUCAAGACUCGCGUCAUGACCAUCCCUAGCUGCCACCAGCCUUUCCUGAGCCACCUCUGUCUGCAGGAGUGAGCCCCAACAGGAGGAAGUGGCGUGGCUUCUCUGCCGGUCUGGGGCUGCUCCUACCAGGACAGGAGGGAGGGAUGGCAGGGAGGGGCAGCGGGCAGGCCACUCCACACUCCGCCGGCUCUGAGCGAGCUCCUCAGAACAGGGGCGGGGCGGGGGGGCGAGCGCUUUCUCACAGGUCUCGGUCUCGGUGCCGCUUGACAUUCCUGGUCACCUGCUGGGAGGGAUCUCCGUGCCGCCCCGCCGUCCCCUGUGUCUUGGGCCCCCUGAAUGUCCCUCCGCCCCACCGGCUCCCCCCGCCCCUCCAACUCCACACUCCACGGCCCACACACCUACGGGGGGCCCCCUCGCCACUGGAAAAACAAACAGCAAGGGGCACUCACCGUCUCAGCCCCCUGCCAUUAAAUCCACAGACAGA